AGCGAGUAGCACCACUCCCAUUCCCACGGGAAUUUUAUGUGGAACGUAGCAGCAUCACACCACCCACGCAACAGACAACACAGACAACAGAGAGGCGCGCACUGCUGUCACUGGGACGCCAGCGACCCAUGCCAUGAGGCCCGGAGCCGAGUACCCCAUGGCCCACGGCCCCGCGGCGGCGGCGCCGCGGUCGACGUGGCAGACGCCGGUGCCGUACCUCUUCGGCGGGCUCGCGACGAUGCUGGCCCUCAUCGCGCUCUCGCUCCUCACCCUGGCCUGCUCCUACUGGAAGCUCUCCGGCGGCCUCGCCGGCCCGGACGAGGACCAGCCCGCGGGCUCCGACGGCGAGAAGGGCUCGGCCGCCGAGCCCGCGAGGGAGUGGCUGGGGCACGUCGUGGUCAUCAUGGCCGGCGACGAGCAGCCGAGCUUCCUGGCCACGCCGGCGUCGAUGACGAGCCGUGCCGCCGACGCCGGCGCGGAGACCGCGUGCUGCGCCGCGUGCAGGUCGGAGGAGAGGAAGAUGGCGGAUGCGCGGGAGGCCGGCGCGCAGCCAGCCGGCUCCGAAGACGACGCGCAGAGUCUGAGCCCGAGUGAGCUGCCUAGCAGUAGCACUAGUAGCUCUGUGAUUAGCAGCUAGCGAGAUAGUGCAAUUUACAUGGAAGGUCUUUUUUUCUAUGGAUUUCUUUUUGUAGUUUUCCUCUGCGGGGAUCUUGUGCUGUUCAAUUCAGUAGCUGUAAAUUUUACACUGUGGCGAUUAUUCAAGAUACGUCGUUUAGACAUAUUGAUCGCUUGUAGAGUAUAUAUAAUUCCGCACAAGAAAAACUUUACAGGGAAAUCAACUUAAUUUCAUCUUUAUAUAUGGGUAGCCAAUAUGUAGUUACAAAUCACACUUAAUUUGCAAGUGAUUGAGGAUGCAUACACGACAACCAUAUGAGAGAGAUUUCUAACAGAUGGAAGGAAGCAACAUGAUGGCAGGGUAGACUUGGAACCAGCCUAUGGAUGAGUGGGGUGGGGUCAGAAGACAGGCUCUCGGUGAGCCGUCAGGUCGUUUUUCUUUUGUCCGCAUCCAUCCAU